AUGUUCAUUCGGAACUCAGAUAUUGUUGCUCAGAAUCAUGAGAUCGACCUGUCUUACUCGACGGCAAUGCGGCCAGAAGAUCAAGAGGUUCCGCACUCCAAUCUCCGCGGCGAGGACGAUGAGCUCAGCCUCAGUACCACCCCGAUGCAGCAACCACUGCGGGAAGAAGAUAUCUACGGCGCUUAUCCGCCGCGGAGGCAGGUGCAUCUGGAGCAACAAGUCUCGGUGCAAGAGCCAGAGGAAGAUUUCUUCGCCGGUGAAUCUCGGGACCAGACUUCUGCGACUCCAGUUGCCGUGGCCACUCCGUCCAAAAACAUCUCGCCGAGAGUUCCUGAUCUAGCCCCCAAGCCAGUCAAGUGUGUAUCUCCCAGGGAUGUGGAUGAGUAUACUCUCAAAAUAACCCAGUUUCCUCGGUCGAUCUCUCGGGAGGUGUCUGGCAUUCAGCACCAAGGCGCUCUAUUAGACGGUUACGAAAUGUCCAAGCGUGUUGCUAAAAAAGAAGAACCCACUGCUCCUAGUUCGAAUAGAUCGAAAUGGCUGACUGCGGGCUCAAAUCUGUCGGACCCCAUCGAAUUUUCUGAUUCAGAUGAGGAGACAGUCGAUACCGGUUCCGUACCGCUUGAUACAUCUCCUUCCGAUCUGGAAACCGCAGUCCCGGCACAACUUUCUCCUACCUUGGGCAAAAGACCUGCAGAUAAUGAGGUUGCGACUUCGUCCGGACCAAACAAGAGCCAAAUACAGCCGAAGACUCAACCACUCAUGCCAAAGAUUGCUCCCCAUGUUCGCAUAUACUUCUCGCGUGCCGAAGCUAUUCGCGAUCGCGGUGGCAAGCAAUUGACUCAGAAAGUUUCGAUCCACCUCUUUCUCAAACUAAGUUUGGGCCCCGGCGAUAUCUUUGACCCUGAAGACCAAAUCUGCUGGGUCAAGCAACAAUCUACGACGGAUGCACAUGCCAACUUUGGAAGUCAAAAUAUUGUGGUGUUCUUUGACAAGCUAGUCGAAUAUCUCAGUGCUCAGAUGCACCUUUCGGCCAGCAUGAUCGCCUCCUUUACAGCUGAUGUUAUUGCGAGCGGAUUGCUGACUCUGGAAUCAUGGAUUAUUCAUCCUACCGCCGAUAUGAUUAGUAAGGGCUGGGAGACGUGGAAGCCAAAGGCUUUGAAAGUUGCGAAAAUAAUCAAUGCAGACUCAGGUUACCUGAAUUCUUUGCAUGGUUUGAGCUGA